AUGGUCAAGCUGACCCCCGCCCUCGUGGAGCAGCUGGCGCCGGGGCAGAGCAGGCUGGAGGAUGUCACACGGCUGGAUGCCAGUGCCAAGGAAGUAACCGAGGUGGUCGACCUGGCACUCUGCUCCAAGCUGGUGCGCUUGGACCUCAGCAAGAACAGCUUGACGUCACUGGACGGCGUCAGCAUGAACACUGGCCUGCGCUGGCUGUCGGCUGCCGGCAAUGAGCUGACCAGCCUGGGGUCGGCCCUCAAGGACCUGACCAACCUGGAGGUUCUCAACGUGGGCCGCAAUCAAAUAGCGGGCAAGGUGGCCGUGCGACUGCCCGCCCUGAAGGCCCUAAUCUUAAACGAAAACCGAAUCACGCUGGUUGGAGGGCUGGAGAAGUGCCGGGAGCUCAACACGCUGGUGUUGAGCCACAACGCUGUUGCCAGCCUAGGCAGCUGGCUGGGUGGGUGUCCCAAGCUGGAGAAGCUGUCAUGUAGCCACAACCAGCUGCAGGAGCUGGGCGCGGCGCUCAAAGGCUGCCCCAUGCUGACGGAACUGCGCCUGAACCACAAUCAAAUCCAUGCCCUGCCUGCCGAGCUGGCCAGCAACACGCGGCUGAGGAUUCUCGAUAUUGGCGGGAACCCCAUUGCUUCUUUUGAUGACAUUCAGGUGCUGUCGCGACUUCCGCAGCUGCGGUCGGUCAGCCUCAAGGGCUGCCCGCUGGCUUCGGCACCUGGCUAUCGUGAGGGUAUCUCGGCGCUGCUGCCCCGCCUGGAAAUCCUGGACACUCAGCGCAUUGCGGAGCGGCCCAGAAAGCAGCUGGCGGCGGCCGCGGCUGCAGCGGCGGCUGGUGCUGCACAAAGCGAUGAACGAGGCGGAGCAGCCGUCAGCAAUGCGGAAGCUGAGGGAGGCGGCGGGCCAGCAGGAACAUGCGUUGCCGUCUGA